CGUACAUACAACGUUAACAACAAUAAUAACAAUUUUCCAUCAUCUCAAACAUCACAUGCUUACCAACAUAUUUUAAUGUGAAAUUUUUGUAAUGACAUUCCAGGAUCAGCCUUGCCCAUCCCUAGCGCCGGCCAUCGUUUGUCAUUUAACCGUUUUGCAAAUGUGCCUUAUGAAUUGGAUUGUGCUUAUAGAUUUGAGAUUGCGAUUUCAUUUCAUAACAAAAAGGAGUCGCAUCCUAAUACCAGAUCAGAAAUCACUCCUAGGUCUACAUACAAAUCGACUACUAUGGCUUCGGUAACAAAUCUCGACAAUGACGUUAAUAGCAAGCGGGGUGAUAGAGUCACCCCAGCUACUGUGAACGAAGUGAGGAAUUUCAUUGAGGAGUCACUCGGAGAGAAAUUACCUGAUGUUGGAGAUGAUCCCCGAUUUGGCACAUACAAUAUACUUGCCGCACUGAAAGAUGGUGUCGCGCUUUGCAAGUACGUUCAUAUUCUUCCUUCGGAGAAAUCCAAAUUUGCUAACAUAUCAAUAGGCUCGCAGCUCUGAUUGAUCCUGCAAAAGUCCGCGGGUUCAAACCAAAAGCAACGAUGCCUUUUAUACAAAGAGAGAAUAUCGCUUUGUUUCUUGCCGCAUGUGAGAAGCCGCCCUUGGGCUUACAUGCGCAUGAUAGGUUUCUCACAGUGGAUCUCUACGAUGGAAAAGAUCCUGCGCAAGUACUUCAAUGUCUCGCGACUUUUAGCAGAGCAGCAAACCGAGUCGAGCCUUCGAAAUUUCCUAAUCCUAUCGGCGCGAAAUCUCGUGGGGGUGUUGUAAGCCCGCAGGUGACUGGGCAAUAUCUUGGAACUGGUUACGGUAACAGGGCCAGAGAGGCUUCAACUGCCAGCACUGCAUCAUCGAGUAACAAGCCUGCUUCUACUUUGACUGCUUCGAGAACCGGUGGUUCGGACAGCGGUAGAAAAAGUCCUAGCAGAUUCGGUCGGCCUACAUCACCUGGUUCAGUCAGUACUUGGAGUAAGAAGUCCGACGAGGGUGCCACAGCCCCGGCCUGGAACAUCGCGCAAUAUGGGUACAUGGGAGGUGCAAGUCAAGGCAGUAUGGGAGUUUCAUUUGGUGGCAGGAGACAGAUUACAAACGCUGGCCCGAGUGUUCCGAGUCUUGCUGAAAAGGAGAAGAAAAGGAGAGAAAAAGAAGCAGAAGAUGCACGACUGAAGCUUGAAGCAGAGCAACAAGCGAAACAAAGAGUUGCGGCAGAGGAGGAAAAGGCUCGUAUCCAAGAGGAAAAAAGAUUCGCUGAAGAAACCGAGAAGUUGCGACAAAAAACACUAAACGAGAAACGGGAAUGGGAGGAACAAGAACGCAAAUGGAAGGCAGAAGAGGAUCGCCGAAAGCAAGAUGAAGCGGAGGCCGAAAAUAGAGCAGCGGAUGAGCGAAAGAGAUUGAGAGGUACUAGCGACGCUCGAUUACAAGGACAAUUCCUCAGUCAAUAUCAAGCUGAAAAUGAUUUGAGUAAGAAGGGCCGCAGAACCAAUUCUACUGAGGCCGACAGGAUUAGGCAAUUGGAACAUGAAUUGGCAGAAGCUCGUGACCGAGAGCGUCGUUAUCAGGCUGAAAGAGUUUCAAAACACAAAACUGGCGAUCGUGAAGCCAUUGAAGAUCAUGAUUUGACACUGCGAUUGAAGGAAGAGACAUCAAAAGCUCGUCCAGAAUCCGGCAGUCCCCCCAGUCUACCACCACGAAAGGAUAGCGAUGAAACAUGGAGAAAAGAUGAACGAGACUAUCUCCGCAAACAAUGGAGCUCGCAAAAUACCAGUGAGGAUACACCACCACCAAUUAAAUCUGCUCGUCCAUUGCCAGAACCUACUGUAGCUGCCAUCAAUCCCGAACACACCGGUGGAGCAAGAACUCUACCAGAUCCAGUAAACUACACAUCCCCAACCUCCAAAGUCCCAAAUCGUACUGAUCGCUUCCUUUCCUCAAACCCUCCACCAACCCCACCAAGGCCAACCACAACUUAUUCAAAUGAAAUAGGAACAUUCUCUGGGAAUGCGGAACGCGAUGCAGAAGAUCGUCGUCGUGUCGAAUCUCAAACUAAGACCAAAGCCGCCGAAUGGGCUUCCAAAUCUCUACUGGAAAAGGAAAUGGAGAUGGAGAGGCAAAGACAACAGGAAUGGGAAGAAAGUCAGAAGGAGGUUAAGAGUAAGGUUCCUGUCGGGGAUGGAGUUGAUGGCAUUGGUGGCGGUAUUGGAGGAAAGUGGGAUGUUAAUCAGUGGACGGGUUAUACUGGUGGUGAUGGGCAGAAUAAGGGAACUCAGGGAAUUGGAGCUGGUAGACGCCAAAUUGUGGGGCAAGCGUCUAACGUGGGGAGAUAGAUGCGAAAUGUGAGUUGCAUCUUAAUCAUCAUAUGGAGAUGCGGUGAUUGAUUGUUGAGAUUGUCAAGCGUGGAUGCGAAUAAAGUCGUUGUGCAUUUCUUGGGGCGGAUGGAUGGAUGGGCAUAUCGCGCGUUUUGGGAUGGAUAUUUGGGGAUCUUGCGUGAGGGCGGAUUCUUGGGGGCUAGGAUGGACUGGCCUGGAUUGUCCUGGAUUGGGUGGGAUAGGGAGGAAACAUUCACGCGUUGAGUUAAAUAUCAAUAUUAAUAAUACAAUACCUUGUAGGAGGGAAGAGAAAUAGUCGGUCUAAUAGCAUACA